AUGGGGUUCCUCUUUAUAGUUUUCCUUCUUGGUAACAGCCUUCUCUUUUCUUUUUUUCUAUAUUACUAUUUCAUUCACAAAAGAAAGCAGCCACAUUCAAGACGAGAUGAUGCUAAUGAUCUUCCUCCAGGAAGUUUUGGAUGGCCUUUUGUAGGUGAAACGUUGGAUUAUUUGUCCAAUGUCAAAAAUGGGAGCCUAGUCAAGUUUCUAACACAAAGAAGGAGCAAAUACUCUUCUAAGAUUUUUAGCACUUCAUUGAUUGGGCAUCCAAUGGUGAUCUUAUCUGGUAUUGAAGGCAACAAGUUUCUAUUUUCAAAUGAGAAUAAGCUAGUCCGAGUCUGGUGGCCGACGCCUCUCAGAUCAGAGUCUCUUCAAAGAUUUGUAGGCAUAGCCGAUGAUAUUUUGAGACGCCAUCUUCAGACGGACUGGAAUCACCCACAAAUUAAGGUUUUACCUGCAGUAAGGAAGUACAUAUUCUCAUUGGCCUGCAAAUUAUUCCUAAGCAUUGAUGAUGCAGAGAAGGUUGAACGACUGUCUAAGCAUAUUGAGGAUAUUGCCUCUGGUGUGCUCUCUAUGCCUAUCAAUUUACAAGGAACCACUUUCAAACAAGCUGUCCGAGCAUCCAAGGAAAUGCGUAAGGAGGUUCAAGAAAUCAUCAAUCAGAGGAAAAGUGAGCUAUCAGAGAAUAGUAUUGCAGUACCAGAUGACAUUUUGUCUCGGAUGUGUUAG